AGGUUUCUCUUCAUUGAAGUCUUCAAAGACGACAGGACGUGUGAAAAAGUACUAGGCUAACUCAAGUAACAGUUCAGGAUAGUUUGCAAUCAUGAAGUAUUUUAUUUUAUUAAUAAGUGUAGGUCUAGCAUUUGCAGAAAUCAAGGAAGAGAAAGAUGUCUUAGUUUUGACCAAAGACAAUUUUGACGAGGCUGUAAAUGACCAAGCCAACAUCAUGGUUGAAUUCUAUGCACCAUGGUGUGGACAUUGCCAAUCCCUUGAACCUGAGUAUGCCAAGGCUGCAAAAACAUUGAAAGACGAAGGCUCUGAAAUCAAGUUAGCAAAAGUUGAUGCUACCAUUGAAAACAAACUUGCAGAGAAGUACCAAGUUCAAGGAUUCCCCACCAUCAAGUUUUUCAAAAAGGGGAAACCUAUUGAAUUCACUGGUGGCCGAACAAGCGAAGAGAUUGUUUCCUGGUUGAAAAAGAAGACUGGCCCACCAGCUAAAGAAUACACAGAUGCUGAAGAAUUGAAGACUUUCGUUGAAGGAAGAGAGGUUGCAGUUGUUGGUUUCUUCAAAAACAAGGAUUCAGAUGAGGCAAAGAAAUUCAUUGAAGCUGCUUCUGGUAUUGAUGAUGUUGAAUUUGCAAUCACUUCAUGUGAACAGUGCUUGAAAGCAUACGAACAGGAAAAAGAUGCUUCAGUUGUUCUCUUCAAAAAGUUUGAUGAUGGCAAGGCUGUCUUUGAUGGUGAAUUCAAUGCAGAAAAUAUCAAGGCUUUUGUUGGCUCUGAGAGAAUUGCACUCGUUACAGAGUUCAGUGAUGAGACUGCUGGUAAAAUCUUUGGUGGAGAAAUCAAAAGCCAUAUCCUGUUGUUCAUCAGCAAAUCAGCAGAGACCUUUAAGGAGACCAUUGACCAGUUCACAGAUGCUGCUAAGUCAUUCAAAGGAAAAGUUCUUUUCAUCUACAUCAAUAUUGAUGUUGAAGACAAUCUCAGAAUAAUGGAAUUCUUUGCAUUGAAGAAGGAAGAUGCACCAACCAUUCGUGUCAUUAACUUGGCAGAAGAUAUGGUCAAAUUCAAGCCUGAAGGAAAUGACCUCUCUGCUGAUGCUAUUAAGUCAUUCGUUCAAAAUUAUCUUGAUGGUAAAUUGAAGCCACAUCUCAUGAGUGAAGAUGUCCAAGAAGGUUGGGAUGCCAAGCCAGUUAAAGUACUUGUUGGAAAGAACUUUGAUGAUGUGGUGAAUGCAAAGACACACAAUGUUCUCGUAGAAUUCUAUGCCCCAUGGUGCGGACACUGUAAGCAACUUGCUCCUAUCUGGGAUAAACUUGGUGAGAAAUACAAGGAUAACAAAGAUGUUAUGAUUGCAAAAAUGGAUUCAACUGCAAAUGAAGUAGAGUCAGUCAAAGUGUCAAGCUUCCCAACUAUCAAAUAUUUCCCCAAGGAUGGUAGGGGUCCAGUUGACUACAAUGGAGCCAGGGAACUAGAUUCUUUUGUUAAAUUCUUAGAAUCUGAUGGCAAGAGCCAAGAUGCAGGUCCAGGAGAAGGAGAGGGAGAAGAAGAUAUGGGACCUGAGGGUGAAGAGAUGCCAUCAGAGGGAGAAGAUAUGGGACCUGAGGGAGAAGAAAUGGGACCUGAGGGAGAAGGAGAAGAACAAAGUGAACAAACCAGAGACGAAUUAUAAGAACUUAAUUAGCUGUGUUUAAACUUUAUCAAUUGCAUGAUGAUCUACUAAACAUUCAAAGAUUUUAUAUUUUCAACACAUUAAGCUGAAAAUCUGACCUAAGAUGGACCCAUAUUCAAAGUUUUUCCUGAAAAAAGUAAGAAGCCCAAAAAUGUCAUAUCAUCAUGCAACCAUAGUGAAUUUGUGAUCAUUUGAAAAAGGAAAUGAUAUCAAGUUUAUGGUUUUGUUAAAAUUUAAGUCUUGUCUACUGUUACAAUUUGUUUUUAUUCAAUACUAUUUUACAUAGAAAAUUAAUGUUAAACAGUAUUUAUAGAAGCUGCUUAUGAGAAAUACUUUGGUAGAAAGUUGCAACAAUUGAGUUAGCCGAAUUGCAACAACUUCAAUCAACAUUGACUCAUCAAACACAUUUACUAAUGGUAUUUUCAAGGAGUUGUUUGCCAUCCAACAAAUUCCAAAUGUUAUAAUAAGACUACAGAUUUUGUGUAAAGAACACUUGUCGUGAGUAGAUUUUCUCGCCAGUACACCAUAUUGUCCUGUUGUUUUUGAAGUGAUAUUUCUGUUCAA